AUGGCACCCCUCAAGCUCAACAGCGAAAACCUCCUGCAGAUUUCUGCGGCGGGCGAGGCAAAAAUAACCGUCCCAACCUACCAGCGUGGUGAUGCUGUCAAAGAGGGUAUCGUCCAUGUUGGCGUUGGCGGUUUCCACCGAGCUCACCUGGCUGUCUAUGUCCACAAAUUGAUGCAGGAUCAUGGUGUUACAGACUACGCCAUCUGCGGUGUUGGAUUGCAGCCCUUCGACGCUGCCAUGCGCGAUGCCUUGGGAUCACAGGAUCAUCUUUACACAGUUGUUGAGCGUUCCGCCAAGGGAAGCGUUGCCAAGGUCGUCGGCAGCAUCAACUCUUACCUCUUCGCCCCCGAUGACCGGGAGGCUGUCGUGGCCAAGAUGGCACACCCAGAUACGCACAUUGUGUCGCUUACUAUCACCGAGAGUGGCUACUACUACGACGAGCACACGCACGAGCUUCAAAGUGAUCAUCCCGACAUUCAGUUCGAUCUUGAUCCGGCCAAUGAGAAGACACCGCACACCACUUUCGGCUUCCUCUACGCUGCCCUAGCUAGGCGAUAUCAGCAAGGACUCAAGCCCUUCACCGUCAUGUCCUGCGACAACAUGCACAACAAUGGCUCAAUCACACGUUCCAUGCUCGAAUCGUUCGCACGCCUGCGUAACCCCGAAGUUGCCAAGUGGAUUGCCGAACAAGUCGCCUUCCCCAACGCCAUGGUCGAUCGGAUCACACCCCAGACAACAGCUGCUGACAAAACGGCACUCGUAAAAGACUUUGCCAUCGAGGAUGCGUGGCCAGUCGUCACAGAGCCCUUUAUGCAAUGGGUCAUCGAGGAUCAUUUCUCCGACGGCCGCCCACCAUUCGAAAAGGUUGGUGUUCAGGUAGUCAAAGACCUCCACGCUGUUGAGCAAUUCGAGAAACACAAGCUGCGCUUGCUCAAUGGCAGCCAUUCUGCCCUGGGCUACCCAGGUCAGCUGGCUGGCUUCAAAUAUGUCCAUGAGGUCAUAGGGAACCCACUGUUCCAUAAGUUUGUAUGGCAGAUGAUGCAGGAGGAGGUCAAGCCACUCUUACCUGAGAUUCCUGGUGUGGACAUUGAUGAGUAUUGCAAAACGCUCAUUGAGCGAUUCUCCAACCCAACAAUCAUGGACCAGUUGCCCCGCAUCUGUCUGAAUGCCUCUGGCAAGAUCCCAAAGUUCAUCAUGCCGUCCAUUGCUGAAGCAAUCUGGGUCACCGGCCCAUUCCGGCGCCUGUGCUUCGUCGCUGCCGCUUGGUUCCAUUAUAUCAACGGCGUUGAUGACAGCGGCAACACCUUUGAGGUUGAUGAUCCUAUGCGCGAGGAGCUCCAAGCUAAGGCUCGUGCAGGCGGCACCAACCCUGCUGAGCUGCUUAGCAUCCCGAAUCUGUUUGGUGAUGACUUGCGCAGCGACAAGCGUUUCCUUCAGGAGAUUACGACAGCUAUGGAAGAUAUUGCCCGGGAUGGCAUCAUGAAAACGCUUCCCAAGUACAUUGACUGA